AAAAACCGAAAGAAAAGAAUAGUCUUCUUCUCUGCGCCUUUGGUCGCACCAACAGAAUUUUUUUUUGCAGUCAUCUCUCACCUUCGGUUCAUCUCGAAUCGCGAUCCCGAGUCCCGAACCCGAACCCAAAACCCCCCGCAGAGGCCGGAGGAUCCCGCGCCGUGAUGGGGGAGGCGGACGCGAGCACCGGCGGCGGCGGCGGCGGCGGAGAUCCGCAGAGGCUGAAGCGGAUCGCGGCGGGGGCGUACGACUACGAGAACGACGCGCGGUGGGCGGGCUACUGGUCCAACGUCCUCGUGCCGCCCCACCUCGCCUCCCGCCCUGACGUCGUCGACCACUUCAAGCGCAAGUUCUACCAGCGAUACAUCGAUCCUGAUUUGGUGGUUGAGCCAAUGUCUUCCACAGGUUCGACCCAGUCCAACAGAUCAGCAGCAAGGUCUUCAUCUACGCCAUCCAGUGAGAAUAUCAGAGCUCGUGACUCAGGAUCUGCUGCAACCCAACCACCAUCAACAGAAAGGACAGGAAGUUCUUUACGGUUCGAUGGACGAACUAUACAUUUCUCUAUCAAUGCUUGGGUAUUAGUUGUCGCUGGUCUUGGAAUACUUCCAAUUCUACCGAAAGAUAUCGCAAGCAAAGCAUAUAGACUUUCAUUGCUAGGAACAAUAUGCUCAUCAGCAUAUUCUUUGUACUGCACUUACGGGAAACCAAGAGCAUGGAACAUGCCUGCAAUUCAGCCUUGGUUGCAAUCUAUAAUUGUAGCCAAGGACUUCGUUCAUUUGAUGUUCUCUCUUAUGAUGUUCACAUCUAAUGUGCACUUUCGAAUUGCUCUACUGCCUGUGCUUUGCUGGGCAGUCGAUCAUGUUGCAAGAUUCCUUAGGCGUAAUUUUGCACGCUCCUCUUUCUACAGAAGGUACUUAGAGGAGCCUUGUUUGUGGGUGGAGACGAACAACACUACAGUCAGCCUCCUUUGUUCAAAUGCUGAAAUUGCCCUGGGCUUCCUUAUGAUCGUAUCACUUUUCUCGUGGAAGCGUAACAUAAUUCAGACAUUCAUGUACUUCCAUCUGUUGAAGUUGAUGUACCAUGCUCCCGUAACAUCAGGCUAUCACCAGAGUGUGUGGGCAAGAAUUGGCCGGGCUGUAAACCCGCACAUUGAUCGUUAUGCGCCGUUCCUCAAUACACCCAUUUCAGCUGCCCAAAGAUGGUGGCUGAGGUAGAAGACAUGGAUCGUGCCAUUCCCAUGUAUCCCUUCUACUGAAUAUCUGCUACAGUGGGUUUCACCCUCCAUUUUUAAGACCAUACACGUCACUUACAUAUUGUUCUAUUGUUUUCACAUCCCCAUUUCACUUCUCACAGAGCUAGUCAAGGGAUGACCGAUAACACAGGACAAAUGUCUUUGCAAGCAGUAGGUCUUGAGCAAACUGUCCAUUUCUUGACUGAUAGUCUGAUAGAGUUAAAAUGAUAGCAGCACAUAAUUCUUGAGGAUACUUAUACAUAAACAAUGAAAGACCGCUUCCUGAUAUUUUCCAUUAUGUAUAAAAUGGUCGCAAUACAAUCGUGUUGCUGGUUAGCAGAAGUUCUUUUGUUACGAUGA